AUGGACCCAGUGUUCGACACCUCGUCACAGGCCCGGUUCGGGUUCAUCGAACAGGCGCUCCACAGACGCGAGACCCAGGUUGUCACCAACACCGCUGACGUUCGCCACGCCCUGGCGAGCAGCAACCAGGCCUGGACUGCCCUGUUUAACCAGUGUCUCCUGUCUGUGUUUCAGUACCGGAUCGGCCAGCUGUACAUGAUCAGUAAACACAGUCAUGAACAAAGUGAACGUGGGGAGGGGGUGGAGGUGGUCCAGAACGAGCCGUAUGAGGACCCCGAGCACGGAUCAGGCCAGUUCACCGAGAAACGAAUCUACCUCAACAACAAGCUGCCCAGCUGGGCCAGAGCAGUGGUCCCCAAAAUCUUCUAUGUCACGGAGAAGGCUUGGAACUAUUACCCUUACACUAUCACAGAGUACACGUGCUCCUUCCUGCCCAAGUUUUCCAUCCACAUAGAGACCAAAUACGAGGACAACAAAGGGAGCAACGAUAAGAUCUUUUGCAGCGAGAGCAGAGACGAGGAGACGGAGGUGUGUUUCGUGGACAUCGUCUACGAUGAGAUCCCAGAGCGCCACUACAAGGAGUCAGAGGACCUGCAUUACUUUAAGUCUAAGAAGACCAGCCGAGGCCUCCUGCAGGAAGGAUGGAUCAACAGCCAUGAGCCCAUCAUGUGCUCCUACAAACUGGUCACAGUCAAGUUUGAAGUCUGGGGCCUGCAGACGCGUGUGGAGCAGUUUGUACACAAGGUGAUUCGAGAUGUCCUGCUGUUAGGACACAGGCAGGCCUUUGCCUGGGUGGAUGAGUGGAUUGACAUGACCAUGGAGGAGGUCAGAGAGUACGAGCGAGCCACACAAGAGGCCACCAACCUGAAGAUCGGAACCUUCCCCCCCGCCAUCUCCAUCUCAGAGACCCCCCUACCGUCCAGCGCCCACAGCGGCCCCAGCAGCGCCCCGUCCACUCCGCUCUCCACGGAGGCCCCCGAGUUCCUGUCGGUGCCGAAGGAGCGCCCCAGGAAGAAGUCCGCUCCGGAGACCUUGACCCUGCCGGAUCCGGGUCGGAGGGAUUCCCUCUUCAAACUGCCCAGCUUUUUCUCCUGGAACUCCAGUCCGCAGCCAGAAUGAGAGCGGGGCCUCGCCACUGGUGAUCGAACGCCCUUUGACCUUCUGGAUCAGUGGAGUGAUGGCUGCCCAGCUCGUCCCACAAUGCCCCCUCAGCCGGAGGAAGUGAAGGAGACUUUUCACGGUCCUGGAGAUUCCAAGCCCCCUCAGCAGACUCGCCGGUGUCUCAGAAAAAGCCAACAGGUCCAGACAGGCGGCCUGAUGUCCAAAGCUAAAAGUCCUGUGAGGUGUAAAGGUUUAGUCCCAUUGAGAGUCCAACAAAAGCAGCUGGAGGCUCCUCCCUCUUCUUUCAGACAGACAGCGUCACGCUUCAGACACUCGUAGUCAGACUGAGAGUAGUCUACAUUCCUCAAACGUUUUCAUCCCUCACAUCAUCAGCUUCUAUCACCUGUCGACAAGGUGGCAACAUUCAGUCACUGCACAAAAUAUUUACAUGUACAGAUUAUCUGUUCUGCUUUAUGCAUCGGAGUCUCUGCCUUGUUAACUGGACCUUCUGGUUUGACGUUUCUAUUUGUGGUUCAGAUUCUCGCCGGCCACUGUAUCAGUUGAGUAUUCUGUUUUUUCACAGUCAGGUGUAAGGUGAUUGUGUAUUCUUGUAUAUAUUGUAUGAUCUAUAUCUAACCCGUAAAAUGUCAGUACUUCAAAAACAAACUCCUCUCCAGUGAUGAUGCUGCUAUGAAACUGUAUUUUAAAGAACAGGACUCUCUCUCUUCUUUAAGUGUGUAUUAGAGAGAGUUCAGCUACGACUGUAAAUGAUGCAUGAUUUUAACUGAAUAUUAAAUGUUCUCUGUUUUGUUUAUGAGCUCGGUCUCACUCUUGAUGUUGUGUUUUAACUUUGUUUUUACA